UUUUUACAAGGUGCAGCACCCGCCCACUCAUUAAAUGAAUCCUAUAUAUAUGCGCACACAUACACCGUGUGACUGUCCACUGACUUCGCUUGAAGAUCGAUCAUCACGCCUGGUCAAAGAUUUUCAUCUCUUUUCUUAACAAUCUUCAAAGUUGGGCCGUGGUGGACAAAAUGGACGGUGCCUUGGGUCGUUUGCUGGUGACAGUCUGCGUCCUGCUCACAAUGCCCGGGAGAGGAGCUGCUCUCUCGUGCUAUUAUGGGAGCAAUGAUUUUGGAGUUCAAGAAACAUCCAUUACUUGCGCAACAGAAUUGGAUGCUUGUACUAUUUUUAAAUUCACAACUGCCACUAAAACGGGCACCGUAUACGCGUGCACCAGUCAACAGAACUGCCAGAACCCAAUCACCCACAAGACGACUCUGGAAAGUGCAAUGCAGACCAGCGGUGUCACCGGAACAGCCGGAAACAUCGUCUGCUGCACAGUGAACAACUGCAAUCGGCAAACUAUAGCUGCUAACUCGUGCUAUUAUGGGAGCAAUGAUUUUGGAGUUCAAGAAACAUCAACGACUUGCGCAACAGGAUUGGAUGCUUGUGUUACUUUUAAAUUCACAACUGCCACUAAAACGGGCACCGUAUACGCGUGCACCAGUCAACAGAACUGCCAGAACCCAAUCACCCACAAGACGACUCUGGAAAGUGCAAUGCAGACCAGCGGUGUCACCGGAACAGCCGGAAACAUCGUCUGCUGCACAGUGAACAACUGCAAUCGGCAAACUAUAGCUGCUAACUCGUGCUAUUAUGGGAGCAAUGAUUUUGGAGUUCAAGAAACAUCAACGACUUGCGCAACAGGAUUGGAUGCUUGUGUUACUUUUAAAUUCACAACUGCCACUAAAACGGGCACCGUAUACGCGUGCACCAGUCAACAGAACUGCCAGAACCCAAUCACCCACAAGACGACUCUGGAAAGUGCAAUGCAGGCCUCCGGUUUUACCGGAACAGCCGGAAACAUCGUCUGCUGCACAGUGAACAACUGCAAUCGGCAAACUUCAGCUGCUAUCUCGUGCUAUUAUGGGAGCAAUGAUUUUGGAGUUCAAGAAAUACCCAUGACUUGCGCAACAGGGUUGGAUGCUUGUGCUACUUUCAAAUUCACAACUGCCACUAAAACGGGCAUAGUAUACGCGUGCACCAGUCAACAGAACUGCCAGAACCCCACUACCCACAAGACGACUCUGGAAAGUGCAAUGCAAACCACCGGUUUCACCGGAAAAGCCGACAACAUCGUGUGCUGUACAGUGAACAACUGCAAUCGGCAAACUUCAGUUGCUAACUUGUGCUAUAUUGGGAGCAAUACUUUUGGAAAACAAGAAACACCCACGACUUGCCCAGCAGGAAUGGAUGCUUGUGUCACUUUUCAAUUCACAUCUGGCACCAAAACGGGCAACGUAUAUGCGUGCACCACUCAACAGAACUGCCAGAACCCCAUUACCCACAAGACGACUCUGGAAAAUGGAAUGCACACCACCGGUUUCCCCGGAACAGCCGGAAGCAUCGUGUGCUGCACAGUGGACAACUGCAAUCGUGCUGGGGCCGCUGCUACGGUUCACAGGGUCGUGGUCUCAAUGUCAUCCUCACCCUAUCUCAUUCUCCCCGUCUCACUCCUCCUCUCACGCGUCUUUGCCUAAAUCCUAGGGAUUGCUGGGAGCAGAAACGGGAGGUGAAAUGUAAGAAAAGGCGUAAAUAUAAGAACAUGUUUUUUUCCUUUUUGGGAAUAAAACGGUUGUGUUAAGAUGUUAAAACACCAAACUGAAACCUUUUGCAAGGAAUCUUGUCUGCAUUAGCCACAUAUACUUGUGGUGAACAUGCAAAGAAAACAAUUAUAUGCUCUGAUACUCUGAUAGUAUAUGAUGCAUUGUCUUUGAAACUGAUUGAUCCACAGCAGACAACUUUCUUUAGAGCCUAGUCUCAAACAGUGUGAGACAGAGGACGCCAAUAGGAGAACAUCACAAAUACAUUGCCACUGUCAGGACUAUGAGAGCUCGGGGUGAGCAGCAUCUUGUCUCCGACUUGUCUCCAUCUUGUCUCUCAUCUGAUCUCCGUCUUGUCUCCAGUCUCGUCUCCCGUUUUGUCUCCCAUCUCAUCUACAAUCUCGUCUCCCAAGGGACCCAUUGCUGGUCCCAGGUCACGUGGUGUCCCCAGCCUCCAAUAAGGAGGUGGCGAGGUUCAGCCCUCGUACAGUAACUCACACUGUACACGGAUACUGUACUGUACAGUGUUGCACACUACAUCAAUUGAUUUCGUUCCCUGCACUUAUUGUACAAGCUAUAUUCAACAAUAUAACAUAUUUUACAUAAAAAUACUUCCAGUUUAAUGUGUUGAGGUUGAUGUUGGGUAAGAUAAUACAAUGGUUGGGGGAGUCUCAUAUCCUGGCUUUCCCAUUUGAGGUUGCGGAUCGCGGAUUUUUACGUUCGUGGCUAUCCCCCCCCCCCCAAAACAACUUAACCCCCAGCCACGAUGGGCAAAGGGUUUGCUGUGUACGUGUUAAGUAUAACGUAUACAUGCCAUCACAUCCUCCGCAUUUUCUUGGUUCUUUCGGUAAAGUCACGUAGAAGGGAAGUAAUAAAAUAAUAAAAAUAAAACAUAAUAAAAUAAUUCUCACGACGUUUCGGCCACAACGCAAGCAGCCGUCCUCAGGUGAAAACCAGGUCCGUCGAGGCGACAGAGUCUGAAUGAAACAGCACACGAGCUUGGAGCAUAUAUAUAUAAGCUGGGCGCCUUGACAAAGGAAUUUGCAUAUCAAGAGGAAUUUAGCAUAUUUAUGGGAAAUGCAGGAAUGUGAUUAGUACUACAUAUGCAUGUGCAUUAUGCAGGAUUAACAGCAUCAAAUGGAGCUGCAGUUGCUGCUGCUGCAGUUGCUGCUGCAGUUUCUGCUGCUGCUGCAGUUUCUGCUGCAUCCUCCGCAUUAUGACACUCCCCACCCUCCCAUCUGUGUUUCACAAUCAAAGUUGGGGUGCGUCUUAUAAUCCAGUGGAGAUUGUACAACUUCGCGUUGGGCACAAGUUUGGCAUGCGUCUUAGUGUCUGGAGUCGUUUAUAUAAAGGGUGCAGGUAAUAGGGUACCCAUUAAAGGGCAGCAUAGUUGAGACAAAUUCACAGAACUGUCGCAGCCCUUUCAUGAAUACAAUUUUGGAUAAGGGGCCGUCCAUAAAUGACAUCACGCACCUAGGGGGGGAGGGGGUGUUUGAGAAAUGUGGCGUCACAUAAAUAAAUAUUAAUUGAAUACAAUUGUUAUAACCACUAUUUUUGCUUAAUUUUUAUGAUUAAGUAUUUGAUUAUUUAAAUUUACUAGGGUUACCUUUUAUUCAUUCCAUGAAUUAGCAUUUUGCUUCUCCAUGGGAGAAUGGAGAAGCAUACAUAAAAAAUGAUUGUUAUUAAACAUUUUGAUUCUCAUGAUUCUACCAGGGCUUUUCAUUCUGUGGAAUGAAUAUGUGAUUGUUAUAAUUGUACUCUCCAUUAACGCACUACAAUGGCAAUGGUUUAAAGUGAUUUGAAGCAUGUUUUAUUUUCAAAAUGGAAAUAUGGUUUUUGGGGGGAGGGGGGCCAGAGCAUUGUGACGUCAUAUUUGAGGGAGGUCUGACUUUUUGUGACGCCGUGUGACGAGGGGGGGAGGGGGGGUCAAAAAAAUGCCAAAAUCGCGUGACGUCAUUUAUGGACGGCCCUUACGGACCUCACGAUGCCAUAGGGUGGCGAGAUGCUAACUCCCUCGCCUGGUAUGCAGGGGUCGUAAGUUCGAUCCUCACCAUGACGCCUGCUGUAUAUUUGAAGUUUGCAUCUCUCUCUCCGUGUGGUCGAGUGGAUUUUUCUCCGUUUAGAUUAUUUAGAUCGUUUCGAUUAUUUUGCUGCUAUAAUUUUCCACGUGAUAAGCCACUGCAUUGAGCUAUCAUUUGUGAUUGCCAGGUCACUUCUGAGAAUGAACUAUAUAGCUCAGUUGACCUUACCUUUUAAAAUAAGAUUUUAAAAAAUAGUUUUAGCUUGUGUAUGCAUGCAUUAAGGAGUUAUUUACGCCAGUCUAAUUGUUACGGGAGAUCUUCGUUUGAAUAAAAUGUAUUAUUAAAAGUUCA